CCGGAAGACAAAGAGCCGUCCUCAAUGGUCGGCUUGUCGUGCUCAAGUGGAAAGUGGAAGCCGCAAGAGUCCGAUCUACUUUUGGCCGACAAGCGCUUUCCAAAGCAGGGAACCGGCCGGCGCGGCGGACCUUUUGGUGAGGCAGCGAAGUCCGCCGAAGUGAAACGCUUCCUCCUCUUUCUCCUCGGCUAACCUCGCUAGCCGCCGAGCUAACGUGCCGCCAGCUAGUUGGUCGCACCGCGGCGGAGGGAGCUCCUCGUCGGCGGCGCACGAAGGACGAAGUGGCCGAAUUUGCCUGCUCCGUCGAAGACGAAGCCCAGCCGCGCACAGCGCAAUCAUGGUGUUGACCGGAAAGCGUUCCGAGAAAGGUCCCGCCCGAUGGAAGAGGAGAGUCAAGUCCGAGUACAUGAGGCUGCGCCAGCUCAAGCGCUUCAGGCGGGCCGACGAGGUCAAGAGCAUGUUCAACAGCAACCGCCAGAAGAUUCUGGAGCGCACCGACAUCUUGAACCAGGAGUGGAAGACGCGGCGCAUCCAGCCCGUGCACAUCAUGUCGUCCGUGGGCUCGCUCAGGGGCACGCGAGAGUGCACGGUGGACAGCGGCUUCUCCGAGUUCCCCCGCCAGGUCAUCCCCCUGAAGACCCUCAACGCCGUGGCCUCCAUCCCCGUCAUGUACUCGUGGUCGCCGCUGCAGCAGAACUUCAUGGUGGAGGAUGAGACGGUGCUCUAUAACAUUCCCUAUAUGGGAGAUGAGAUCCUGGACCAGGAUGGCACUUUCAUCGAGGAGCUCAUCAAGAACUACGAUGGAAAAGUCCACGGAGACAGAGAGUGCGGCUUCAUCAAUGACGAGAUCUUCGUGGAGUUGGUCGGCUCGCUGGCGCAGUACAGCGACAACGAGGAAGAUGAGGAGGAAGAGCACGACUUUAAGAUGGAGAAAAUGGAUGUAACGUGCGACGGGCAGGACCACCCGGAUGACGCGCACAACCUCAUCGAGGGACGAGACGACGACGACUGCGCCAAGAGGUUUCCCUCUGACAAGAUCUUUGAAGCCAUCUCGGCCAUGUUCCCCGACAAAGGUUCCACUGAGGAGCUGAAGGAGAAGUACAAGGAGUUAACUCAGCAGCAGCUUCCUGGCGCGCUGCCGCCCGAAUGUACGCCCAACAUCGACGGUCCAAACGCUCGCUCGGUGCAGCGUGAGCAGAGCCUGCACUCGUUCCACACGCUCUUCUGCAGACGCUGCUUCAAAUACGACUGCUUCCUUCACCCGUUCCACGCCACGCCCAACACGUACAAACGCAAGAACCUGGAGAACCUGGAGGACAGCAAGCCCUGUGGCGUGGACUGUUAUAUGUAUCUGCUGCAGGACGCCGCCGUGGCGGAGCGCGCCAAGACGCCCUCCAAGCGCUCGACGUGGCGGCGCCGCGGACGUCUGCCCAACGGCGGCAGCCGACCCGGAACGCCCACCGCCUUCUCCUCGGAGACCAAAGACACGGACAGCGAACGCGAGAGCAUCAAAGACGACGACAGAGACAACGACGAUGACAAGAAGGACGACAACAGCGGCAGCAGCUCAGAGGGAAACUCUCGCUGUCAGACGCCCGUCAAGCUGAAGCUGCAACUUCCCGCCGAGGCGCUGGAGUGGAGCGGCGCAGAUGCGUCGCUCUUCCGCGUUCUCAUCGGGACGUACUACGACAACUACUGCGCCAUCGCGCGACUCAUCGGAACCAAGACGUGCCGACAGGUGUACGAGUUCCGGGUGAAAGAGUCGAGCAUCAUCGCACGCGCUCCCGCCGAGGAUGAGGACACGCCCCCCAGGAAGAAGAAGAGGAAGCACCGACUUUGGGCUACACACUGCAGGAAGAUCCAGCUCAAGAAAGAUGGCUCGUCCAAUCACGUGUACAACUACCAGCCGUGCGACCACCCCAGACAGCCCUGCGACUCGUCUUGUCCGUGCGUCACCGCCCAGAACUUCUGCGAGAAAUUCUGCCAGUGCAGCUCGGAGUGCCAGAACCGUUUCCCGGGCUGCCGCUGCAAAGCUCAAUGCAACACCAAGCAGUGUCCGUGCUACCUGGCCGUCAGGGAGUGCGACCCCGACCUUUGCCUCACCUGCGGCGCCGCCGACCACUGGGACAGCAAGAACGUCUCCUGCAAGAACUGCUCCAUACAGAGGGGCGCCAAGAAGCACCUCCUCCUGGCGCCGUCCGACGUGGCGGGAUGGGGCAUCUUCAUCAAGGAGCCGGUCCAGAAGAACGAGUUCAUCUCGGAAUACUGCGGCGAGAUCAUCUCCCAGGAUGAAGCGGACCGCCGAGGCAAAGUGUACGACAAAUACAUGUGCAGCUUCCUUUUCAACCUCAACAACGACUUUGUAGUUGAUGCCACCCGCAAAGGCAACAAGAUCCGAUUCGCCAACCACUCCGUCAACCCAAACUGCUACGCCAAAGUGAUGAUGGUGAACGGCGACCACAGGAUCGGCAUCUUCGCCAAGCGCGCCAUUCAGACGGGGGAAGAGCUCUUCUUCGACUACAGGUACAGUCAAGCGGACGCUCUCAAGUACGUGGGCAUCGAGCGCGAGAUGGAGAUUGCCUGACGCCCGCGCCCGUUGUUGACGGUGAAAACGGACUCUUUUUGUUCCAUUUUUGCCAAGUUUUGUGGAGUGAGGAGGCAAACUUUGUCUUUUCACUUGAACCUUCAGGGACCAAAGUUGGCACCAGCAGGCUUCUUUAGUGAGCGCACGUGUGUGCGUUUCCACGCUUGAACCUCGACAACUUUUCACCUUUUUUAUAUUCUCACGUCUAUGGCCAGCAAAUCAUAUUUUUGAUUUGAUCCUGACGUCUCGCGAUGCCUUCAGGCGUUGUAGGAGACGUCAAGUGACACCUUCAGGUGCUGUAGGACACGUCAAGCGAUGCCUUCAGACGCUGUAGGAGACGUCAAGUGAUGCCUUCAGUUGCUGUAGGACACGUGAAGUCAGCAAGAAGCCACCAGCAAAUGUUUUUUUUUUUUUUUUUUUUUUGCGCCACCGGCUUCCUGAAAGCCAAGAAAAAUGUGGCAUCUUCUUUUGAUCCACGCAAAGUCCAGCCCAGCAUUUCUUCCAUAUCCUACUAGUGCACUCAAAUGUCCAUGUACUAGUAUGAUCUUUGUCCUCACUUUUAGGGCAAUUGGGCACACUAGUAGAAUGACUGUCUUACUAGUUUUGUCCACUACUGUGUUGUCACACAGUCUGCGCACUUGUAGUCAGGCUAAACUGUGCACUAGUGAUAGAAAAUUCUACUAGUUAGUAGAACGAGUCGGUUGCAAAUGUCAACUUGUGCACAGUUUUGGUUUGCUAGUGCACCCUAGUCAUUUUACUAGUGCGCUGUGUUGUUUAAUUUGUGGGGACAAAGAGCGUACUAGUACAUGGAACUUAAGGUAUCCAAGCUCUCCAGUCAUAUUAGUAAGCCAAAAGUGGUACUUGUAGUGGGGGGCAAAACAUGCAUAGUAAGUCACAGAUGUUCUACUAGUUACAAAUUACACCAUAGUGGGACUAAUGAAGGUUUUUUAAAUUUAUUUAUUCGUACGCUGAAUAGUUUUACUAGCGAGAACAUGAGUGUGCUAGUGCAUGGACCUGCUCAAAUGGCUUUAUGGGCAACUGUUUAAGAAUGUAUUUGAUAUCCUUGAUAAGGAGGUUACUAGUUGGGCCUAGUAGUGUUACUAGUAGAGCACAGUAAUUGACUAGGAAGGUUCAAUUGUCUACUAGUAGGCCACUAGUGGUGGGGGGAAAAAAACAUUACUACUAAGAUGUAGCAAGUCAUUCACUAGCGUGCUGAAUUGUCCUACUAGUGAAGACAAAGCUCAUGGACAAUGACUAGUAGCGGCAUGGAAAAUUGAGUGCGCUAGUAGGAUUUGAAAUAAAUGCUCCAAACAGCUUCAUGGAAAACUGUUUGAGCAUUUCUUCUACAUCAUUGAUAAGGAGGCUACUAGUGUGUGACACAUGCCUACUAGUUGCGCUUAGCAGUCUUUCUAGUGUAGCACAGUUGUCUUUUAAUCAAGUUGAAUUGUGUGCUAUGAGGUGAAAAGUGCCGCUAGUAGUGGGGGUGGGGGAUUAGUACGACACAGGGGUUCUACUAAUUGUGCUUAGUUUUCUUACUGGUGAGGACAAGGUUACUAGUACAUGGCCAAUAGAGUGCACUAGUAGGAUAUGGAAGAAAUGCUCAAAGAGGUUUGGUGUCAAAGGAGUUGUUGGUUUGUACCUGAGCGCUCCAAAUAAGUCACUGCCAGAGAUUCCAGAAUGCGGAAUGUUUUGUUUUUGGUGUGAAUGUUGGCGCCUGACGUCUGACCCCAUCCACUUCCUUCCUGCUGGAAUCACAAAACAAAACAAAACAAAACAACAAGAUCUACCAUCAGCAUGACUUGGCUGGCAGCUUUUUCCUGAUUGGAAGAGCUGCCGCGAGUGUUUGUGACGUGGCAGUCAGCUGGCUGGGAUGAUUAAACACCUGUUUACAUGUUUACAACAAAGGCGCUGCUCGUACGUUGCUGUCAACAAGGAGAGCCAAUCAGCAGCAACCACUCAGGCUCCGCUUUGGACUUUUUUUUCUUCAUUUUCCCCACUCAACGUGGAAAAAAGAUGGUGCUGACUUUGUUUACAUUUUUGUUUCUAUGAAUGCACAAUAAACUUCAAAAGUGC